AUAUUUUCCAAUAAAUUAAAACAUUUAAUUUAUAACUCGACAAUCCAAAAUCAUUUAAUAAUUACAUAUCGGAGUUUAUACAAACAAUACAGAAGCCUUAUAAAUAAAUCAAACAUUAAAUUCCUGCAUCCGUACAUCUCCUCCGUCAUGCUGCCCUCCGGAAUCAACCUUUCACAAGCACCUACGUGUAACAAAGGGAAAAAGGCGCUACACGCUCAGCAAUGAAGCUGAGUGAGAAAUAUCUAACAGUUCGAACAUAAACAUAGGCGAAUCCACUAAUUCACAAUUAUCUCAUGAUAUCAUGCACGCAACAUGCUUGGCAACAAUCACACGACAUACAAGAUAUAACAUGCGUAAUCAACAUCAUAACAGUUCAUAAGAUACAACAACAUCGGUAUAUGCAUUAGGAACUUUCCUUUUUAAUUUACUUUACUUCCUCAUCUUACUUGGCUCUUAACCUAUACUAGGUUAAAGCUUAACUGAAUUCAACUUGCCUAUGGAGUCAUGACCUUCCCCUUCGGAACGAAGGUCAAGCUCAAACCAACUCAGGAGUUCCUCGUUGGGUGGGUGAGAUCCCUGUCCCCUUCGGAACGACAGUUCUUAGAUCCCCGUGUACACGUUUUUACCCGAACAAACAUUGGACCCAGCAGGUACCACAUGGCUCUAACUAACUAUACUUAUGGCAUACAUUGCCACUAUUCCAUUCAGGUCAUUUCCUAGAGUUCUUCUAGGUGAUGUAUCCAACAUUCAUUAAUCAAUACAUAAUACAACAUCCAUGAAUCCACAAUUCAUUUAACAAGAUAUCCAACACAAUCAAAUAGCGGUCUAACACUGGGAAUACACACCCAUGUUUACCGUCAUGCAACACACAAAGUCUCGGAAUCAAUCCUUGACGAAAACACAGAUCGACAGACCCAGCACUAGGUACCAGACGGUACCCGUCACGGUACAGGGUACCGUCCAUACGGUACUUGGGUACCGAUCCUACGGUACCAGGGGUUCCGUCCGAUCCAUCUGGGCUCUUCCGGUAGGAUUGUCACGGUAGCCGACUACCGACUAGGCGGUAGGGCCUACCGUCCGUCCGGUACCUAGGUACCGAGCGGUUACAGCUACCGGCAAAGGGAAAUGGAACAACAGAGUGUGACGGUAGCACGGUACCGUCCUGGCGGUACCGCCUAACGUCUGACGCGACAAAUCCAUAUUCAUACCUGUUUCGUUUUCAGCAUCGACCAUCAGAAAUCUCAUAACGACAAACACCAAUAGGUUCAUAUUAACAUUCUAAACAUUAUCAAGCACAUUAAUUCAUCAAUUAAUGCCUAAAUCAUGCAUACUACCCUCUUGGUUUAACGACAACAAUUCCCAAACCACAAUCAACAAUUAUACAGAUAAAUCACACAAAUCAACCACGAUAACAAUUAUGAACGGAAUUUCAAACCUAGAUGCAUAUUCUAGUGUUAGAUGUCCACGUACUCACCUCGAUUCAUUCCGAUUCAAUUUGAAAGAACGUCUUUCGAAAUCCACUGUCUGAACAGAUCUGCCCCGCUGCCCGAACAGGUACUGCUGUCCCAGUUACCAACACUGUGCGGACUGGCUGGAACAAGGAGGGAGAUCGCUGGAGUUGUUGGAGUCCGUUCGCCGGACACCGUCGUAGAUGGCUGGUCAAUUCACUACUCGAGCUUAUAGGGUCGCGCCUGGCUUCACUGCUGCUGCCUGGACCAAAUUGUCACUGUCGCCAGUGUUGCAGGGUCGUUGCCUUCCUCGCCAAUCGCCGCCGGUCUGCCACUGCACCGCGGUCGGCAUCGCUGAAUCAACGAAGGGGGAACUCCUGUUCGCCGUCAAUUGGGUCGCUGCGCCACUGAGCCGAGGAAGCUGCCAGAAAUCGAGAGAGGGAGAGAGAGAAUCCUCUCGUGCUGGCGCGCUGGCGCUGAUCGGAGAAGAAGGGACGGCGAUGGGGGUCUGCGGUUGGCGGCCUUGAAUCGGGAACGAAGAAGAAUAAGGAGGCGGAGACCUUCUGUACGCGUGAAAAGUAAAUAUAUAUGUCUAGGGUUUUGUACUCCAUAAUUUAAAAUAACGUGUCUGAGUAAAGACACACUUUUUGGGCCAACUUGCUCCGAAUUGAGAUCCGUUAGCGUCGUUGGAUUCGAUUCGUCAAUCCUUACCCAACGGUAUAACUUUUAUGAUCAGACGACAAACAUUUAUUAGUUCCACCUAGUCCGUCUUAAUAUUUCCAAUUAAUUAGUUACCGAUCAGUCUUUUAAUUUAAAUCUUUACAAUUAUAAUCAAAUUAGUUUCAUUAU